GCGCGGACGCGAACGAUUUAUAUAUGUCUGGACCGAAUUAACAUGAUUUUCGUUCCGUCGGGAUGGGAAUCCCGGUAGAGGGCCGCGAGUGCGUGAAUUGCGGCGCUACUUCGACACCGCUCUGGAGACGAGACGGCACAGGCCACUACCUCUGCAACGCCUGCGGCCUCUAUUACAAGAUGAACGGCCAGAAUCGACCUCUCAUCAAGCCGAAACGACGCCUGUCGCUGCAGAGUGCGGCGAGACGGGCGGGCACCAGCUGCGCCAACUGCAAGACGGCGACCACGACCCUCUGGCGAAGGAAUCAGGCGGGCGAGCCGGUCUGCAACGCUUGCGGACUCUACUACAAGUUGCACAACGUGAACCGGCCAUUGACGAUGAAGAAGGAGGGCAUCCAGACGAGAAACAGGAAGCUCUCGUCAAAGAGCAAGAAGAAGAAGGCCGGCGGCUGUCUGGGCCUCGGCGGUGUCAUGGGCGACAUGAUCAAGGCCAGUGGACACCUCGAUCUCGAUAACAAACCCUUCCACUCCGGAUUCGGCGCGCCGAUGGGUACGUCCCAGCAUCAUCACACGAUGCAUCCGGCGAUGCAGCAUUACAUGUAUCACACGGGUGUCGGCGUGGCCGGAGGUCUUCAUCAGGGAUUUGCGCCACCGGCGCCGCCCCCCAUCCACCCGCAUUCGCAUUCGCAUUCCCAUUCUCAUCACAUGACGAGUCUUCAGGGUCUGCAGCUGGCUACGACGAACGCGAUGGUGAACCGGCCAUUGACGAUGAAGAAGGAGGGCAUCCAGACGAGAAACAGGAAGCUCUCGUCAAAGAGCAAGAAGAAGAAGGCCGGCGGCUGUCUGGGCCUCGGCGGUGUCAUGGGCGACAUGAUCAAGGCCAGUGGACACCUCGAUCUCGAUAACAAACCCUUCCACUCCGGAUUCGGUGCGCCGAUGGGUACGUCCCAGCAUCAUCACACGAUGCAUCCGGCGAUGCAGCAUUACAUGUAUCACACGGGUGUCGGCGUGGCCGGAGGUCUUCAUCAGGGAUUUGCGCCACCGGCGCCGCCCCCCAUCCACCCGCAUUCGCAUUCGCAUUCCCAUUCUCAUCACAUGACGAGUCUUCAGGGUCUGCAGCUGGCUACGACGAACGCGAUGACCGGCUGGCGAUCGGAGUACACAUGAAUCGCGAGUGACUAAGCAGCUCAGGAGGACGCAGCCCACCACUGUCUCGUAACGUUGUAAAACGCGUAAA